UUAUUAUUAUUAUUAUUAUUAUUAUUAUUAUUAUUUUGUUCUAUUUUGCUGAAACAUGGCUACCCCAAAUAUGUUUCUGAAAUGUGCCACCCCUUUCCCCCCUAUUUAUACUGAAAUAGAUCAACAUGUUUACUUCCUUGGAAAUUACUCCACAUAAGUGUCAUUGAAUUCAGUAGGAUUUACUUUUGAAUACAUUGAUGUAGAAAAGGACUGUAGAGCCUUGAUGCACAAAGGUCCAUGUGGCUGACUACACAUCUUUGAAUAGAUUAUGGGGAUCAAGGCCACAUCUAAACAUAAAGAGGAAAAAGAUUAGGUACCUGGUUAUGACCUUGUGUAGUCCUCUACAUGUAUGAUUGAAAACAAGUUUCAUUUAUAUAUUAUGGUCUCCAAGUAACCACAGAAUAGAGCACCUCUGCAUUAGACAGGGGAAAAGCAGGGAGGUUUCCUCUGAUGGAUUCAAAAGGGGUAUUCAGCUGUGAAGGGACUGAAUCUGCAAUUGCACAACCCAUUUUUGAGAAUACAGAAUACAUAAACUAAUAAAUGUUGCUAGCUCAACUGAAGUAAUUGUUUAUGUCAGAGAUAGGAAUUGGACUUCCAGAUAGUGUUGGACUGCAGCUCCAGUUAGUGCUAGCCAGUGAAGAGGGAUUGUGAGAAAUGUGGUCCAACAACACCUGUAGGGUCCACACAGUCCCCAGCCUGGGUAAUGUGAUCAGAACCAGUUAGCAAAGAACCCAAUAGAAGUCAGAAAAACUGCUUAAAAGGAAGAUAAUAAUCAUCCUUGAUGUUCCUAUGGAAGUUUAUGGUAUUUGUUCUUUUUUUGGCAGCAAGGGCAUUAAGAAAAGAAUGGCUAGCAAUGAUGACCUCUUAAAAAAUCUGCAGACUAACUUGCAAGAACUGAACAACCUCCGAUCCAAAUACUUUGCAUCAACAAAACAUCCUCCGACUAUAGUUACAAAGUCAUUGCUCCGUGACCAACAUCAGUUGCCAAGAGAGAAUAUGAACAUCCAGUCAUUUGCUCCUAGGAAGAGCAUCCGCCAUCGAAACCCUUACUGGCCUGAUGAAGAAAUCCGGACAUUCAUUGAGAUCUGGGGUGAUGACCAAGUCCAAGCCUCGUUGGCCACCAAUUUCCGCAACGAGGCCCAGUAUGAAUGGAUCUCCGAUCGGAUGCGGGAAUAUGGCUAUGACAGAGAUAUGAAGCAGUGCCGUUUGCGUGCCAAGGAGCUUCGGCGAGGAUACAAGGCCAUUGUUUGUGGAAAUAAUUCCUCCGUGAGUGGCCAGCGUGCUCUGCCCUUCUAUGACGCCUUGAAUAGUUUCCUAUGCAUGCACAAGGGCCUUGUGGUGUCCAAAGUUUCCCUCUCCAUAGAUCGGAGGAACCGAGAGGCACAAAAACUCGGUCUGGAGCAGGAGAAGAGUGAGAAGUUAAGUGUUGUCCUUGUCUCUGAUGAUGAUGAAGCAUCUAUUCCAGAACCUGCAGAUGAAUCCAAUGGCUAUUUUCAAGAUGCACAAAUGGAUUCCGAUCUGGUAAAUGCACAGUCUCCAAGUGAUGAGUGGGAACAGCAUGGAGAAGAUGGCAUUCUGACAGGUGAUGUGGCUUCACCCAAUUUUCACAACACUAGAGGGGAGAGCCAUUCUGCAAAUUCAGGCCCGUCCAGCUCCUUCCCUAGGGGAGCCCUAACUGAUGCUGACUGUAUGAAUAACCACUGGAAUAGGAAGCAGAGGAAACAAGCUGAAGUUGCCUCAGAACUUGUGGAUGCCAUCUCACAAGUGGGUGACAGACUAGUAAAUGCUCUGUGUGAUUUGCACUCAAAACACAGGGAGACAUCUGAGCUUGCACAGACCAGGGAAAGUAAUGCCCGCAAAGAGGAGUUUGCCAUCCUGGCAAGUCAUGUGGACCAGGCUACAAAAAAUAUGGACAAACUCAUCUCUCUGAUGGAGACAUCUACCAGAAGGAUUGCAGACGCCAUGGACAGGCAAACAGUUGCCUUGGAGAACCUGGCACAGUUGUUUGCCACUCGAGCGCCUGCUCUUUCAGUGCCUUUGGUAUCCCAGGGGCAUCCUAUGCUUUCUUCCCCAAGCACCUCUGUACCGCUUUCAUCUUCACCAGCAGGCCUGCAUGGUGCCCUAAACACUUUGGCAGCAUGCCAUCCUAGUGAUACCAAACCAUCAAGAUCACCAGCUCCCCGUAAGGCUAAGGAAUGUGGGCCACAAGCAAAGAAAAUUAAAAAAGAAGAUGACUAGUA